AUGGCAAAGCUGCUGGUGCUCACUCUCGUGGGGCUGGGACUGAAACUUGUGUUUUAUUCCUUUUUCUCCUCCAGAACACGACUUAAUGCUUUUCGAGAAGUAAAGCCAGUAGAACUUCCUAACUGUAAUUUCAUUAAAGAAAUAGAAGAUGGGUCUGAAGACUUGGAGAUACUUCCUAAUGGACUGGUUUUCAUUAGUGCUGGGUUAAAAUAUGCGGGAUUUAAGCACCUUGAUACCAAUAAGCCUGGAAAAAUACUGCUGAUGGACAUGAAUGAAGAAGAUCCAACAGCGUUAGAAUUGAGGAUCAUUGGAAAUACAUUCAAUUUGUCUUCUUUUAACCCUCAUGGGAUUAGCACAUUCACAGAUGAAGAUAAUACUGUGUACUUGAUGGUGGUGAACCAUCCAGAUUUGCAGUCCACCGUCGAGUUGUUUAAAUUUCAAGAAGAAAAAUCACUUUUGCACCUGAAAACCAUCAGACACAAACUUCUGCCUAAUUUGAAUGAUAUUGUUGCUGUGGGACCUGAGCACUUUUAUGCCACAAAUGAUCACUAUUUUGUCAACCCCUACCUGAAAUUCUGGGAAAGGUAUUUGGGUUUAGCGUGGUCAUAUAUUGUUUACUAUAGCCCAAAUGAAGUCAAAGUGGUGGCAGAUGGAUUCGAUUUUGCUAAUGGAAUCAACCUUUCACCCGACGGCAAGUACAUCUAUAUAGCUGAGACGCUGAGUCAUAAGAUUAGAGUGUAUGAAAAGCAUGCUAAUUGGACUUUAACUUUAUUGAAGUCCAUUGUCUUAAAUACACUGGUGGAUAACAUAUCCGUGGAUCCUGUGACAGGGGACCUUUGGGUUGCAUGCCAUCCCAAUGGCAUGAAAAUCUUCCACUAUGAUGCAAAGAAGCCUCUUCCAUCAGAGGUGCUCCGAAUCGAGAAUAUUUUAACAGAAGAACCCAAAGUCACACUGGUUUAUGCAGAAAAUGGAACAGUGUUGCAAGGAAGUACAGUUGCCUCUCAGUACAAAGGGAAAUUGCUGAUUGGCACUGUGUUCCAUAAAGCUCUUUAUUGUAAACUCUAA